AUGACUGAGGAGAAGAUAUCAACCUUGAUUGAUCUUUACGAGGAACUGAUACCGAAAUCAACGGAGGUUCAGUCAUUUCUUCUAGAGGUUUUGGUAGCCUGCGAUGGCUCUCUGGAGGAUGCUAACAAAAUGCUUAAUGAUACAUUAGGUGUGGUUCGACAUUUACCCGUUGGCAACAAUCGGAAGCAUGCAAUAGAUCAAGACCAAGAAGACAGGCGGCGUCACAAAGUCCAAAGAAGUUUGAAUUACUUUAUUGCAGAUGAAGAUAAGAAGAUCAAGCCAGUUGCGGUGGAUACAAGAGCCAAAGUAUCCAAAAACGCAAUUGAGUUACACAGUAAGGAAGAUAUCGAAGGUAAUAUCAAGUACAUAACAUUCCAUGAGAAAAUUCUUCCAGGAGACCUUUCCAAUGACUUGUUGAGACAGUUGCUGAAUGAUAAAGAAGGUUUCACCCAAAAUGAGUUUCACUUGUUUGGCAAUAAGUGCGCUUCGAGCCAUACUUCCAAGAAAUUCACAUCUGCUUCCUUUAUACUUGAUGGAAAGGCCAGCCUUCAAUACAACAACCGACGAGGACCGGUUUAUGAGUAUAACGAUAUCUUGAAAGUGGUCCAGUUAUUGGUAGAAGGUGUUGUCAAUGAGACAAUACAAAAAUUUGAACCGUUGCCUUUUCAAGUAAGAUCUCCCAACUGGAAAGGUGACGUUGUGCUGGUCAACAGAUAUGAAAAGGCAGAGUACCUUUUAUGGCACUCUGAUAGGUUAACGUCACUCGGGCCACAAGCGAUUGUUGCAUCAUUGAGCCUUGGAUGUGCGAGAGAAUUUCGAGUAAGGAGGGCUUAUCCCUCUGAUUCACAGGUUUACAUCAUCAGGCCUCCACAUAAUUCACUUAUUAUUAUGCAUGCGGGCUUCCAAGAGGAAUACAAACAUUGCAUUUAUCAGCAGACAAAUAAUCAGACUACCAACCUGCACCCCAUAUCUAAAGAUGUCAGGUUCAAUUUAACGUACAGAAAUUAUCUUAGGAAGUAUAUGGAAGAUCCGCCUAGAUGUCCGAGAUGCAAUGCUGCUAUGGAUUUGAGAAGAUCUUUUAAAGACUGCCGAUAUCGAGGGCAGUACUUAUGGCAGUGUGCCGGACAUUAUACCGGAAGAGACUGCAAAGGAAUGCGACUUGCAGCUCGUUGA